CAAUGUUCAAAAAUUUGAGAUCCUUCGCCAACCGCUAGGUAUAAAAUGAUAUGGCAGUUAGGCCAGAAAGAAUUAUCGCGGAGGAUUGUUAGCUCUAGAUGCUACCCACAGCUGCAGGGUAAAGAGCUCUGGAACUAGGCUGAUAUCAACGUUCUUGCACUAUGAGCUCGGUGGUUUUAGACUAUCUAGGUCAAUGGACCACCACUCAGUAUCUUGUGACCGCAGUUAUCGUUCUACUUAUCCUAUUCUACUACUACUCCACAAGCUACCUGGGUGUCUGGGAGAAGGUGGGCGUACCGGGGCCCAAACCGCUGCCACUGCUGAACCACAUGCUGGAUCUGCGCCAAGGCCUAGAAGCAGCCUACCAAAAGUGGUUUCAACAGUAUGGCCAAACUUUCGGCUGUUACGGAAUACAUCCUCACAAAGCAACACUCGUGACCAAAGACUUGAACUUGAUUAAAGAAAUUUUGGUCAAGGAUUUCGAAAACUUUACAGUCAGGUACCGAUCUAUCGAAACAAAGACAAACUUAGGCAAAGGGCUGAGCUCGGCAUCAGCUGGGACAUGGCAAAGACAUCGGCACGUGACAAAUCCAAUGUUUACAGGGGUUCGAAUGAAAGCCAUGCUCCAUCAUGUGACAGCCAGUGCCAGAAAUCUAACAGAACUUAUCCGGCAGUGCGUGGAACGCGGAGACCUCAUUUCCAUCAAGCAAAUCAGCACCAAAUUCUCGACAGAAGUCAUUGCGAGAGUAGGUUUCGGCAUCUACACACACCCAGCGUCUACAGAGGAGACAGAGUUCGCCCAUUACUCUCGGACUUUAUUGAACUUCGGAAACUUUAAAAUGCGUAAAUCGGCUGUCACGUUUUUGUAUUACUUCCCACACGUGUACAGCUUUCUCCAGAGUUUUAUCUCCUCCCUAGACUUCAUCAACUCAAAAUCGGAUCAAUAUUUCAACACCAUUGUCAAGGCAGCCAUAGACGCUAGGAAGCGGGAACUCAUCGAUGAAAACAAUGCUCGUGAUAUGCUUGAUCUACUCACGAAGGCCUCUGUAGAGGACAAUGACAUAAAACUCACCCAAAAGGGGGCCAAAAAAAUGACCGAAGAAGAGAUCAUGGCCAACUCCAAAAUCUUAAUUCUUGCCGGAGUGGAAACUAUCGCGACGGCUUUGCAAGGCAUCAUGUUCUGCUUGGCUCAGCAUCCGGAAGUUCAGGUCAAGGUCGUGCGAGAAGUAGAUGAGGUCAUCACUGACCUGGAUAACAUUGAGUACGAACAGCUUUCCCAGCUCAAAUAUACUGAGCAGGUUAUUAACGAGGGUUUGAGACUAUUUCCCCUGCUCUCGUAUGUCACUCGACUGACGAAAGAGACCAAGAAAUACGGCGACAUUACCAUCGUCAAAGGAACAGUCGUGCAGAUUCCUUUAGGGCCCUUGAUGGUCGACCCCGACCACUGGACGGAUCCUUAUAAGUUUGAUCCCGACAGAUUCACGCCUGAAAACAAGGCCAAAAGAGACCCCAUGGCCUAUCUCCCAUUCGGUUACGGUCCCAGAAUUUGCCUUGGCCAAAGGUUAGCCAUGAUGGAACUUAAGAUUGUGCUGGCGUAUCUCCUGAAAAAUUUCCAGUUUGGUCUGUCAGAGAGAAGUGAGCCGAAGAAAGGGGAAACAAUUAAGAUGGAGUUGUUUGGUUCGACAGUGUUGCGCCCACAGAAACCAGUAUUAAUCGAAGCUAUUAAGAAAGAUGUUCUGUAAUAAUAACUAAAAAAACAACAACAUUGUUUUGAUUAUAUAGUAAAAUAAUUUGAAACAUUUUUUUUAUAUUUUAUUAUUUUAAAUAACUCUUCUUAAGUUUGAAACAUGUUUCAUAAUUCAUGUUUAAAGUCUCUUGAUGUACAGAUAAUUUUUCGAUUCACAAUGUAACAAAAUAAAAUAUAUAAUCACACUCCUAAUUAUUAACCCGUAAAUAAAAUAGCUAGAAGCAAAUUUCCCCCUUCUGACCUUACGAUCUCUAGAGCAGACGAUGUUCAGGUCAUGUUUCUUUGGCCAAUGGUUAACGUGCACGGUGUCACGUGGCCAGCACAAUGACCAACCACCUUUACUUUCUUCAACAUAAGUCAGGUACCCAUUAGAGUUGGGGGGGGGGGAGAAUAAAGGGCACCCUAAAAAUCCCGGAUUUCAAAAUUCCAGUCUUCACCAAGAUUCCAACCCAGAACCCCAGGUUGAGAAGCCAUAUGUUUAACCACUGAGCUCCCAAUGUGUAUAGAAUAAACUGAUAUAUUUGAAUGCAAACAAGCCAAUAUAUGUAACAUUCUUAACAUAGUGUAUAAUGUACAGCAUCAACUCUUUCUCUCUCUCUCUGUCUCUCUCUCUCUCUCUCUAUCUUGUUUUUCAAGCUGAUAUUUUAUUAUUUGGAUUGAAAAUUUGGACCAAUGUUAUUGUACAGUAAAUGUUUUCAUUGGAAUGUUUUGUUUAUUUUCGAAAAUGUACUUGUAAAAUAUUUAACAACUUUCAACAUUUAGAAAUCGAAAGCAUUUUGUUUUCAUUUUUUGGAAAGAAUAUCGAUCUACUUUUAACUUAUAAUAAUAAUAAUAAAAAUAUUAUAUUAAAAAAAUAAAUGUA